AUGCACCAAACAUCAGAUCAGUUGUACAUUGACGUCCUAUGCCUCUUUAUUAGUCCGCUGUUUAGCGACCCUGAAGAGGCAUUGCGAUUGAAACUAAUACAGUGGCUGGUACGCCGGUAUAUAUCUGCCAGUGAAAGUGAUAAAAUAGGUGUAUAUAUUACGGGGUAUAGACAGUUAACGACUCGGCAUUUUCAGUUGCUAUCCCGAACAAUCGAAGAGGUAUGUGCCUUGCUUGAUAUUCCCCCGUUUUCGAUCAAGGUAAACUACAUCACGGAUCACAAUUCACAUACGCACUUGCGCGAUGAUGUCUGUAAUGGAAUCGACGCGCUGCGUGGCUCUAAAAUCGCUGAUAACGAUGAGCCUUCAAAACCUGUGUUAGUAGAAAAGCAUUGUGCGCUGGAUAUUCAAUUGAACGAGUUAUUGACUCCAUUACUGUUUUAUCGGGAUUAUUACAGCGCGUACAGUCUCACUACAGUCGAGUUGAUACUGUUGUCCGGUACCAACAGCGGCAAAGAAUUUAUUCGGUGGUUCACGGACUUCCAGCGAUCUUCUGCAGAUUACGGUUGUUACGGAGCACGUGAGAAAUGGGAGCUACACAUAAUACGCAUUGAAGACGCUUUAUCACCCUUCUUCGGCGAAAGUGAGCGCCGUCUCGUACGACAGUUCGAAGCUGCAACCUCCAACAUAAACGAGAGUUCGACAUGCAUCUGCAUCGAAGGAGUGCACCACUUUCAACAAAACAAGGAAGAUUUGAGCGAAUUAGACCGCCGUAUUUUGGCUACAUUGCUUCUAUUGCUCGACAGCGUUUCCAAGUCUGACAGCAUUUUGCUUCAGCCUCGUGUCAGUUCCAGUGGAGCGUCACGGAAGAGAGGUUCUUUAAUUGUGGUAGCAACUAGUGACUGCCGAGCGGACCAACUUUCAGAUGCACUCACACGGCCUGGAAGACUUGACAGGGUGAUACACGUUUGA